CUGACUUUUACUAACCUUGUGAAUUGGAGUUUAGUGUGUCGUUAUGAUUCCAACACAAGGCCGGAAUUUUUUUGUUCGCGGUUCUCGCACCAACUAAGGAUAUUAAUCGCUGUUUUGAUUGUUUUGAUUAGACGUCUUGAGUGGGCUAAUGACCUUUGUUAGAGUUCAUAUUUAUGCAAAUACUAUAAUGGUGCGAGUAGGUAUUUCGAUUCUUUGAAAAGCCACUGACUUCCUGCACGCACUCCAGCAGGACUCUCUCUAAAGUCAUACCGCAAAUAAAACUGUCUUUGUCAUCUUGUGUAGAUUGAAAGGGAUUGAGAGGUCUGAGAGCCGUCAUCAUGCCGGCCUGGAUGCGUGAUGAGCCCGACGAAGUGCCAUGGUAUGAAACUACGUCAUCGAAAAGUCCACAUCACUCUGAAGUUCAGACUGCCUCCGAUCCAUACAAAUGUACUCUUAGAAUUCGUGCAACAACUGAAGAAGCAGAAUAUCUCAAAACCUUGUAUACGCCUCUUCUCCAGGGUAUCGACCCAACMUUUCARUUGAUACAGAUAGAAARYUGUAYGGARMAUGAAAAAACCCGCGAAAUGUCCAGCAAUUCMAUCGAUUCRYUGCCCACCAUGGGCCUUUCUACUCAAGCUCUCAGUGUUAUUCUUUUCCUUCGUGAUGACGCGCACAGCCAACUYACAGCAGCUGCUGCCAGGAACUACCUUUCCUCUUCACCAUGGACUUUCCAUCAUAAGAUAGAGUUAACAAGCAGCCACGAUUUUCGCACGGUAGCUCGACAAGAGUACUACGAAUGUGCCCCAAGACAUCACUUUCCAUUGUGGAGCAUUUGCUCAAUUCACUGUGGUAAUGAGCAGCUCAGGUUUAACAUCUUUGUKAAAGACCUGGAUAAAAUGACACAGUUUUAUAGCUCGGUUCUCGGGCAAAACGYCCAGUUUAGAAAACCAGGAUUCUGUUUAUUUCGCAUCUACUCGCAGCCUGGACUUGAAAUUCAACUAUCUUUGAAGUACUCGCCGUGUUUAUUAUCUGAACCAACCGCGUCUACUCAUUUGCGUUUCCUGGUAAACGAUGUGUUACUUUUACAGAAUGCACUACCAUAUAAGGUAGUAUCGAAUGAUGAUGGCACGUGGUGGACACGUGACCCGGACGGUAAUACAGUGAUUUUAGCGCAGGGGAUUGCAUUGGGAUGCAUGAACAYCGAUGAGGAUUAUGGGCAAUAUGUUUAAGUUGUUUCACCAUGCCUCUGUGUUUGCUCUUCUCGUUUCGAGGAAAAUUUCGGGCUUAUAAUCGAAAUUUCAUGAAAACGAUAAAAAGCGCAAUAAGCGAUUUCCGGAUGCCUCGGCGUUUCUCAAAAAAAUAUCUCGCCUUUUCAUGUGAUAUUUGAAAGCGAAUUUCGGAAAUCGUCUGUUGCUGGUUUUCAGGUUACUUCAGUCAGUCACAGCGGCCAUCUUGGAAGUACUUCAAUAAAGGGUUUUUCAUUUGAAUGUCAGGGGAAUGAUUGAAAACCAGCAAUGUCGUAGUCGAGUCCUGAAUAUGUUUCACGAYUGACAAGUGCUCAGUAGGAUAUUAGUGCGAAAGAACAGGUCCAGUCCUUAAUCAGUAAUCGUACUUUUCCUACAUCUACAAAAGACAUAAUCCUUGGU